AUGUUUUAUUCCAAAGUGGCGUGGAUCAGAAAUUUGGCAAAUUCACGAGUUAGCAGAUGCUUUCGAUGUGCUACGUUUCCUGUGAGACAGGAAUCAACUUCAACAGCUGCACUUCUGCUUCAGAAGAAUUUAGCUAUUAGAAACAACGCUUUAUACAAUGAAGGCAACGACUCACUUCGCUGUACAACAUUGGACUCUCAAGGAAACUUAGGUACGCCCUCACUGGAAAUAAAGAGAGAUGAACUAAUAUCUACUCAUGGACUGCUUCCACGGGAUCUGCGAAAGAUCGAAAAAUCAAGGAAGAAUGACCUUGUGCCAAGCAUUCUGGUCAGAGAAAAUAGUAUUCUGAUAAGUCUUCUUACAAUUAGAGCACUAGUUAAGAGUGAUAUGGUGAUUCUUUUCGAUUCCAUGGGCAUUUCCUUGGAAUCCCGCGCUCACCGAACUUUCAUCAACGACUUAAUGCUAAGACUCAGAAACCAAGACGGCAAUGGGGUCACUAGGGACCCGCUUCCAUAUGAGUUUCGAGCACUGGAAUCAAUAUUCAUCUCUGCAAUAUCCAAUCUUGCAGCCGAAAUGAAAGUUCACCUAACGGUUACAAAAGGUAUACUGCGUGACCUAGAAUAUAGCAUAACUCGAGACAAGUUAAGGUUUCUUCUGGUGCAGAAUAAAAAGCUCAGCAUUUUUCACAAGAAAGUCACCUUGAUGGGCAACAUGAUUGACGAUUUACUGGACCAAGACGAUGUGCUCUGUGAAAUGUAUUUGACAGCCAAAAAAAUUGGGAAACCUCGCGAUGAAAAGGACCACGCAGAAAUAGAAAUGCUACUUGAAACUUACUACAGCCACGUUGAUGAAAUCGUUCAAACUGUCGGUAGCAUGAUGUCGAAUGUGCGAACAACAGAAGAAAUCAUUAAUAUUAUUCUGGAUUCUAAUCGGAAUCAGCUGAUGCUUCUGGGUCUGAAGUUCAGCAUAGGACUUCUUUCCCUGGGUGGUGCUAUUUAUAUUGCAUCCUUAUAUGGAAUGAACUUAGAAAACUUCAUAGAAGAGGGGAAUAUUGGGUUCGCUCUAAUAACAACAAUUGGAUGCGUUUCAAUGUUAUGGCUAUUUAUUUACAGUGCAAGGCAGCUUCAGAGACUACAGAAAAUGACAUUAAUUGGGAAUCACAAAUCUAUAUUCAAUUAA